CACAAUUUCCAUGUCGUCUUUCUUCUUUCUUUCUCAUUCGCAUGUCCAUCUCAUCCUGGAACCCGAUCUUAGUCAAGAGACUUAAACCUUGGAAUCGCCAAAUCCAUUCCAUCAAUCAAUCAAUCAAUAACUCCCGUCGACCUUGAUGUAAACAAUCAUGCGCUUCUUCAUCAUCGUUACCGACCACACGGAUACCCAGUCGCAUAGAGGUACACAUCGCCACCAUCCAUAGCCAUAACCGUUUACCUAGGUACUUUUGCAACAACAUCACCAUCCAUCGCCAUCCACCACCAUCCGGAGCCAACCGUGAAUAAUGACUACGAAUAAAAUGGCCCCAAAGGACCCAGAUAUCGAUAUGAUGGAUAUAGACCACAACGACGACGACGACGACGACGACGAUGAUGAUGACUUUGAUGCCGACGAACUAGAUGCGUAUUUCCAGGCGCAUGGGUUGGAUGAAGUACACGAACCGUUUCGGUGGGUGUCGCCUGAUCGAGGACGACAAGCACAGGAGGAAGCACUGCCACUACCACCACCACCAUCACCACCACCACCAUCGGGACAACCACAGCGGGGGCAUGAAUCCUACUUGGGAGGGAAGGACUCCAGGUGGAAGGAUAAGGGGAAAGGGAAGGCUGUUGAGAUCGAAUUGGAUGAUGGAGUAAAUGGGUAUUCCCAGGUGGAGGGGCAGGCGCAGGGGCAGGGACUUCGGGGGAUGGAUAUGGAGUUGGAAGGGGUUGAUGAGGAGAUGGAGGAGGAUCAGGAUUAUGAGAGGCCGCCUCCUUCUUAUCAGCCUCCGGUACAACCGCGAAUACAACAGCAGACUUCUUACAGCUUAGGACCAAAUGCCAAGUGGAAAGGAAAGGAGAAGGAAAAAGAUUAUGGACGAGGGGAUGUGCUUGGACUGGAUGCAUAUGGUCCUACGGUACUCGGGAAUUCUGCAGGACUAGAGACUCGGAAUGUGCCUGGGUUUGGCAAAGGGGAUGUCCUCGGGAAUCCAGCUGGAUUUGGUAAAGGCGAUGUCCUAGGCCGAGACGCUGGAUUUACGAGCGAUGUACUCGCGAGAGACAGUAGGCUAGCCAAAGUUUGCGCAUGGCUGGACCAAGCCACCGAGUCCGGGAUACCGCUCAAAGUCCUCAGCAAGGAUAACGCCGCCGCCGCCGCCAACCAACAACAUAUUAAAGAGGACGGCCAGACGAAAGCAGAAGGCCGAGCUGAGGGAGAAGGAAAGGGAGAAGCCGCCCCUCCUAUAGAUGAUCUUGACUCGGAAGCCUCCAUCGCUGCUCGUCCCAUCGUUUCGCAUGAUCCUGACCACCCUGAUCGCCCGAUCGAUUUGGACGUCAAGCUUGCAAAGGGGGUUAUUCGGCAUGUGAUUCUGAGUGAGAAGUUUCCUGAGGUUUGGCCACUUUCCGAGGCGAAGGCGGAGGCGGGGGCGCAAAAGAUGGUUGAAGGGAGGGGGCAGGAGGGAAAAGAGAAGGAGGAUGGCCAUGUGAAGGACCAGGAGAAUAAGGGGACGCAUGGGAAGAAUGGGGUGAAGGGAGUGGAGGGGGCAGAAGACAAGGGCUUGGAGAAAGAGACGGAUCAAGAGGCAAAUGACUCCAAUGGGCAGACGGACAAGAAGGAAGUUGUUAUUCCAAAAGGAGUGGUGAUGCUCGUAAAGGGUAUUCAAUACCUCAAAAUGCCUUCUGAAUAUUUGGACGGGUCGCAACUUGGAUCAGAGUACGAAUACGAGGAUGAUUCACAACUUGGAAGCACUCCUGCUUCUGAAAUCGGGAACCAACUGCCUCGUACACAUGGCAACGAGAGCCAAAAGGUUUACAACGAAGCAGACGUCAACGAUUCCAAUCACACCAGUAACUACAGCGAGUCUGAGAGAGGGCAACACAGCGUUGCAAAACCCGCCAAAGAACUCGACGACCAUGACCUAGAAAUCCCCGAAACCGACCUCUCAUCAACCAGCAACCACCCCUCCACCAUCGCCGACUCCGACUCCGACUCCGACAUCCCCAUGUCCAACACCGACUACCCCCUCCCCCCACCAUCCAGCCAAGUCCCACCACAAAGCCAAUCCUCCUCCAAGUUGUCCCGCAAACGCACCUGGUCCCAACGGCAUGACCCCUCAUCUCCCUCUUCUUCCCCUUCCGCCCCUUCCCCCCCUUCACCCCCUGCCUACCCAACCAUCUUCGACAACCGCACCCCUCCCCCACGACCACCAAGUUCCAAUUCCGUCCCCUCCCAACCACCCAUGGGUCCUCCAGACCUAGUCAUCCGUCUCCUGCUAUACGACGGCGAGUUCUGGGUGCAAGCCAUUCUGAGGCCCGAGUUCCAUUACCUAGUGCUAGGACGCGAUUUCGAUGAGUGGGCUUCUGUUACGUACCCGGAAGUUGAACAACAAGAAGGAGACAGAACAAAGGGAAACAAAAAGAAAGGAGAUGGAAAAAAGAAGACGGCGGAAGAAAUAGCCAAGGAAGAGGAGGAGAAGGAGCAGGAAAAGUGGCAGAAAAAGUGGCAGGAAAAGGCAAGGGGGGAUGUGAUGGAGGGGGGGUAUGUAAGGUUGAUGGGGGAUGAUGUGGUGGUGGAGUUUGAGGAGGUUGAUUUUGAGCCGAAGCCAGUGCCUCAGCUGCCGCCGGUGCCGAUGAAGAUGCCGGUGCCGUUGCUUGAGCAGAUGCUUCAGCAGAUGAAGGAUGGUGAUGCUGUGAGAAGGGGUCAGGAAAAGGGGAAGGGUAUUCAGGGAGUGAAUGGGAAGCAGCAGUUUGGGGGUAUACACGACGAUGGGAUUGGUGAUCCAGAAAAGUUGGACAAAUUGAGGAGGGAGAUUCUGGAGCGGAAGUGGCUGGAGAAGUGGAAAGAAGUUGAGGCUAAAGAAAAAGCCAGGAUAGCAAAAGAACAAGAAGUCAACAAACUAAAGGAGGAUGGAAAACCAAAGACAACCAAAAUGGUCUGUCUAGUGGUAGGCCACAUGGUUCCGGUCGGGUUGGACAGGAAGUUCAUGAGGGAGGUGAAAAAAGCACAGCUCAAGGCUAUGGCAGAGGAGCUAGGUCCCGCCUUGCAAGUGACAUCGACAGCAAGCGAUAAGAUGGAUCUGGAUAAGAAGGACGAAAAGUCGAAUCCACAACAGCCUUGGUGGGUGCCAACUGGAUACGUGGCGGAAUUGGACGCGAGGGAUGCGAAGAGAAGAAAAGAAGAAGCAGCUCGGGCAGAGGAGAGAAGGAAAAUAGAGGAAGCCAAGGAAGCAGAGGAGCGAAAGGAGCGGACUCGCCUCAUAGAAAGAUUCGAAAAAUUAACAGGGGCUCAGAUGGCGAAGCCGGUUGAAAAGGCAAAGCCGCCUGAGAAGAAAAAGCCGCCCAAGAUCAAACAACCAGAUCCCAGAUUUGUUCUUCCGGAAGAGUGGAAAGAUCUGGACAUGGCUACGGUUGACGGACUCAUCAAGGAAUGGGAAAAGCAAAACAAGCCAAAAGAGCCAGAGCCGCCAAAGCCACCGAAACCCGAGAAGAAACCUAUCAUUACCGCCAGACGAGCACCGCCAUUUCAUCCGUCCUUCACCGCGCAGGAAAUCUUUCUGGUGCAGAAUCCACAGCGAAAGCCCGUCAUAAAGGCACCGGAACCCGUUUAUGUAGCAUCGGAACUUCGGUCAUUUCAGGUUCUUCAAGAUACUCGUCCAGCGGCGAUUGUGAAUAAUCAGCAGAUGCAGAGGAAGAGGAUCUUGGAGCUUCCACCUAGGGGUCAACGGCGGCCGCAGCAGCAGGGAUCGGGGCCUGGGCUUCCGCCUCAUCUCCAGCCUAAUCCCUUGUUACAGCCGCCUCGGCCGCAAGCACAGAUACAACCUCGACCGCAGCCUCAGCCUCAACUACGACCUCAACCUCAGCUUCAACGUCAACCACCAACUCGACUUCAGCCUCGACCCCAACUAUUACCGCAGCCUCCAGCCCGGCCAUUCUUCCAGCCGCAAGCUCAAACCCGACCACAGUUCUUACAGCAGCAACCACGACCACAAGCCCAACCUCAACACCAACCCCGUCUUCAACCUCAACCUCAACCACCUCCCAAACCCAACCCCCACCUAGCCACCGACCCCACCACCCCCCUCAAACUCUGCCCCCUCCACCAAAUCCCCCACCUCCCCUACCCUCAAAACUGGAUGGUCAACGUCCUCGCCAUCAUCGUCUCCAUAUCCGACGUCCAGCCCUCCCCAAUGCCACCCACCUUCAACCAAAGGAUCGUCCGUCUCGCUGACCAAUCUACACCCAAACAUAUCUUGCUGAAUGUCUUUUUGGAUGCAGAGGACUUUGAUCCCAAGCCGGGGGAGGUGGUUCUGUUGAUGGGAGUGAAGAAUCAUAAGUAUGAGGGCGGGUGUUUGAAGAAGUAUUGGAGUGAUCGGCCGCCGGAGGGGUGUUUGUGGAAGUGGUGGGUUGGGGAGGAGGAGUUGAGGGGGGUGGGGUGGUGUAGGGAAAAGGUGGAGGGGUUGAGGGGGUGGUGGAGGGGGAGGGAGAGAGAUGGUGGUGGUGGUGGUGGAUGAGAAAUGGAAGUGGGAGAGGAAGGAUGGUUAGGAGUUGAAAGGUUACGUUAGGUUUCUUGACGUAAAU